AUGAGACGUGCCAGAUUUGCGGAUUCAAGCCUGACACCAACCAAGCCCAAAUCUAUCUUCUUCAGCACAUAUGCCACUCUCACUGCCAUGGCGAGAGAGGCCUCCAAUGCAACCCUUGGCUCCGCAACCAUCCGCUCUGUCAAAUUACAUUUCCCCCCUCUGGGGUCCUUACUGAUGAUACUGGCCAAUCUAGUCGUCGUGCUAGUCCUCUGCUUCUACAAACUCAACACGACAGACCAAUGGAGCUGGGAGACCGUCGGCUAUCGCACGGGCUUUAUAGCAAUCGCCCAAAUGCCUCUCGUCAUCCUACUCUCCAGCAAAGUCAACAUCAUCGGCCUCCUGACCGGGUCGAGCCAUGAGAGACUCAACUGGCUCCAUCGAUGGGUUGCACGGACCCUGUGGCUCACCGCAACCAUCCACAUGGGAUUUUGGUUCCGCUCCUGGGGCAGAUAUGAUUACAUCACAGUGAAAUUGACCGCGGAUCCACUUACCCAGCGCGGAUUCGCUGCUUGGUGCAUCUUGACAUUCAUCGUCCUGGUCUCCGUGGCACCGGUGCGGAAACUCAGUUAUGAAAUUUUUUUGGUGGGACAUCUGCUUACUUUUGCCGGCUUCAUUGCAGCGCUUUGGUACCAUGCGCCCGACGAGGUGAAGGAAUGGGUUUGGAUACCGGUUGGAUUGGUCGUUGUUGAUCGAAUCGCCAGAUUUGCCUUGGUAUUACACGGCAACUUGUCUAUUUUUCAUCCGUGUGUAGAUGAUUCACCGUCCAGAGAUCUAUGGGCUAAUCAUGCCACGUUUACCCCCUUACCUGGAAAUGUCACAAGAAUUACGGUUCCGAAUCCUGUGAUAUCCUGGAAGCCGGGCCAGCAUGUUUUCAUGUCAUGUCAUGGGCUGGUUCCGCUCCAAAGCCACCCUCUCAGCAUAGCUUCGAUUCCUACGGAUAAGAAACUAGAGUUCCUCGUCCGUGCACAAAACGGAGCCACCGGGAAGUUUUUCGCCCAUGCUUCAAAAUGCCUUCGCACCGUAGACAACAGAGACGAUAGUUCUGACAGUGUAAAACGAGUUGGCGUGGAGGGUCCGUACGGAAGAAUACGCCCGCUGCGACAAUUCGAUAGUGUGGUAUUGCUUGCGGGAGGGAUGGGUGCUACAUACACCAUGCCAUUGAUGCGGGAUAUUGUGGAAGGCUGGAAAAACGAAUUCCUGGAAAAGUCCUCCCCACGGACAUUACCUCUGUUUUCGUCUCCCUCGCGGUCACUAACCAAACGGAUCCGGUUUGUUUGGGUAAUUAGAUCCCGAUCACGGCUAAGUUGGUUCGCGGAGCAAAUUCAAGUUGCGUUGCAAGAUAUAGAUGCAUGCCGACAAAGCAAUCCGGCAUUCGACAGAGAUCUCCAGUUCAGUAUCUAUGUCACUUGCGAUGAGGAGAUGUCUUCGACGACAACAUCCAAAUCGCAAUCACUGCCGCUCGCACAGCCGCAGCUCGCAAUCUCCAUUCUCGAGAAAUCCGAUGGUGUCAAAAAAAAAGUCCAGGAAAAAAGCAUCGAAACUAUUUCCAUAGACUCUGCCACAAAAACAGAACGAUCUGAUUCUCAAACGGCGGCUCAAACCUGCCAGCCAGAUAGCGGGUGCUGCUGCACACGCAAAGUCAUGGACGAAAAUUCCUCCUUUCCGCCCUGUCGCUGCUCUGGUCCAUCUUCUACACCAUCAAAACAGCCAAUUCCCCAGGGAAAUCCAACCCACACUUCAAACUCGUUACCACCCUCACCACAAACAUCACAAACACCUCCACCAUUAGAACAUGGACCUCAAACUCCCACCACACAAAAUCACCUCUCCAACCCAGUUCCCAACUCAGAACUAGACCUUGAUCCACGCAUCCGAAUCCUCUCCGGCCGCCCCGACUCGCGCGGCAUAAUUCGUAAAGUCCUCGAGCUUGGGGAGGGCGAAAGCUCUGUUGUCGUAUGCGGCCCACGCGGGCUGAAUGCUGCUGUACGCCGGAUUGUUGUGUCGCUGAGCGAUGAGCGGGCGGUGCAUAAGGGGACAGGGGCUCAGGGGAUCUAUUUGCAUGUUGAGAAUUUUGAGAUUUAG